AUGGAACCGGAAGGAAUACGAGCCCCGAACACAUCUCCAAUUAGUUGGGAUCAUAUAUACUCUGCGACGAGUCCGACUAACGGUACCCGAGGUUCGCCGGUAUUGGGCAUGUCCGAUAUGGGGUCUCUCACCCCGGUGGAUAGAAUAGACUUGUGCGCUACACCACCGGCACCGCCACCACCAGCACCAAUUCGACGACGACAAGAGACCCCAUCACAAGUUCAGGUCGCAUCGAUUGUCGUUCUCAUGGUUCUCAUGGAUCUGGCACUUUCAUACGAAACGAUUGCCAGUGCCACCCGAUUUUAUCCAAUUGCAAGUAGGCAUGAGCCAAACUCAGAUGUACAGUAUGAUUUGCUUAAUUCCAAUCCCGUCUAG